AUGAAGUUAAUUUUUCAAUAUAAAGAUAAUGGCGUGCCAAUUGGGCCAGACGUGAUUGAUUGGUUGGUUGACGAGCGGCGCCUCUUGGAAAACAGGAUCGCCAACACGUCUAUACCAGAGGGUGCCAUGGUAUCUUUAGAAGCAUGUGUUGGGUCGCCUGACAGCUGCUGUGAGUCCUUGCUGCCAGUGCAAAUCAAGAAUUGCACAGACUUUACGGUGUACUAUCUAAGUCCGACGGUGGCAUGUCCACAAGCAUAUUGCUUUGAGGUUCCACCCUGCAUUGGUUGUAACAUAAAAGCGUGUCCAGUUGGAUACGUCGACAAGGAUGGGCAUUGUGAAGAUAUUGAUGAAUGCCUGGUUGCUAAAGGUGUUUGCGAUGAUCGGUGCGACAAUCUAAAUGGAUCAUUCGCGUGCGCUUGUACGGACCCAGGAUAUAUUUUAGGAGCAGACUUUCGCUCGUGCGACGAUGUAGACGAGUGCAGCAUCUCUAAUGGUGGGUGUGAAGAUAUAUGCAUCAACGCCAUAGGUACUUUCAUGUGUUUCUGCAACCAAGAUGGCUAUCAAUUGGGAAAAGACUCUCAGUCCUGUGAAGAUAUAAAUGAAUGUGCUGUCAAUAACGGCAGUUGUAGUGAUGUUUGCAUCAACACCAACGGCUCCUACCACUGCGAAUGUAACGAGGCUGGUUUUGUCCUUGGAGGCGACGGUCACGCUUGUCAAGAUAUAAAUGAAUGCGCUGUCAAUAAUGGUAGUUGUAGUGACGUUUGCAUCAACACCAACGGCUCCUACCGCUGCGAAUGUAACAAGGCUGGUUCUGUCCUUGGAGGCGACGGUCACACUUGUCAAGGUACUGAAGAAGCCAAAAACUGUUCUUCAAUCCAAGAAGGCAUAAUACUGGGUUUAUCUUGUCUUGGUGACCAAGCAAUACAAGUUUUGAGUAUACGAUAUCGACAGUCGAGUGUCUAUGGUGGUUGCAAUCAGUUUACUGACACUGUCACAUGCAUUGACGUAGCCAACAACUUGCAAACACGUGCGGAUUUGGCGAACGAGUGCGAUGGGAGAGAAACGUGCAAAGUGGAAAUACGUCCACAGCCAUCUAUUCAGUGUACUUUGGAGGCGUCAGUCACAUUCAAGUGUCUGCCAGUCCAAUAUAUGUGUGACGCUGGCGGGUACAGAACGGAAUCAAGGAUCUACCUGGCCAGUAUUGACUUUCCGCACCCAUUGCCUAAUGACGGGUCUACCUGUGUUUGUGAAUUCAGGGCAAAAAGUGAUGCAAAUAAUGUCACGGGAGAUCUGUUACACAGCAGCAGAACUCAUGUAUCGGAGUGUCAGCGUACCGGCAUGGAAGAGUCACAUUUACAAAUAUCUGGCGCGGUCUCUCUAAGCCCUGGCUGUACCCAAGUCAACCAAUACAACGUGACUACAAAGUUAAUAACAGUGACAUUGUAUGGUAGAGACAAUCCAGACCCUUUCUUGUUUUUAUUUGAAGCUGCUGAUCCUGGAUACUUGAUGUCAAUCAGCUGUAACAUGAUAACAGUUAGUUCUACCACGAAAUUACCGCCAUCCAAUCCACCGUCUACCACUACCUCAAAUGGACACAGUGGUUCUGCUUCAACUUCUGGUUUAGGUUCUGUUUCAACUUCUGGUUCAGGAUCUGGUUCAAAUUCUGGUUCGGGGACUGGUUCAAAUUCUGGUUCAGGGACUGGAUCAAAUUCUGUUUCAGGUUCUGGUUCAAAUUCUGGUUCGGGUGCAAAUUCUGUUUCAGGUUCAGGUUCUGGGCAGCAGAAUGGCACUGGACAAUCAGAUUCUCUUAAUAUUGGUAUGAUUGGGAUCGUUGCUGCUGCUGUGGUGGUUAUUGUUGUUGUAAUUGCUGUAACUGUCAUUCUGUUAAGGUAA